AUGGCUCCCGUCAAGUCGCUGAUGGAACUGGCGACGGCGGUGUGCAUCAAGAACAUUCGCCAUCUCCAGGACGUCGGCGACUACAUCCCCUACGGCACCCUCCGCGAGAUCCUCAGCAGGGUCGAGUCGGCCGAGCAGCUGCGCACCAUCGAGCUCAACUCGGCACAGAUCCAAGGGAAGACGGCCGAGCUCUGGAUCAAGCUGAUCGAGAAGGACUUUCCCAUGGAGCACAAGGCCAACGCCUACAAGCCGACGUCGGCGGAGAAGUGGUACAAGGUCUGGGAAAAGUACAAGCGCGAGCACGACAACGCCCUGGCCGAGAGCGAGAACAAGCUCAAGAUGGCGCUGGCCGGCCUGCGCCAGGACAAGGCCCGAAACACGAGCAUGAUCGUCGAGCGCAAGUACCUGCCCCGGGCCGGACACAUCGGACCCAGGCGUCCCUUUGGCGGACGCGGAGAGAUUAUGCCGAGCGCCCUCACCUUCAACAAGGGCAGCCGCACCAAGACGCACACGGGUGCCAGCGUCAUGAAAAAGGUUCGGCGCGAGGCCCGGGAGAUUGCCAGCAUCAAGGGCCGCCUGUCCAGCCACAUCCGCGCCCCGGCCCGGCACGCGGCUCAGCAGAGAGCGCCGGCCGCCAUGAUCGACGAUCAUCGCAGGGCUGGGCUGCCGCAGUACCGCGUGUCGGACCACCUCACCGCCUCGGCCGACCAGUAUCAGGAACGAGCCACGUUCAUCUCGGACUCGGACGAGGACGAUGCGCCACCCGUUUCGCCAGCCAAGACCAAGGCCACUCCCUCCACCGCUCGAGGCUCCGUGUCCGAGACGGCCCAAGUGUCGCUGCUCAAGAGACGGCCUGCCGCCCUCCGCGGUGCGCCCGCGACGAAGCCCAUCAUCAAGAUUCAGCCGGCGGAAGCGACAUCGAGGGCCAGAGCGCAGCCAAAGGUAGCCCUUGCACCUGCAUCGGGUGCCAAACCUGCUGCGGCGGCGGCAACCUCGACCGAGGACGGCAGGGUCAACGUGGCCACCAAAUCAUCGUCCUCCACCUUGGCCAGCAAGUCACGACGCACUCCGGCGGACCACGGGCCUCCGACGGGCCAGGCAAGGACCACGACGGCACCGAGGUUCGCUGCUCCCGCCGACAAGCUUGACCCCGACAAAGGCCGGCGCACCACGCCCCCCCCGCGUGGCUCCGAGUCGGCCGAGCCCUCCGAGCCCGAAGGAUGCGUUCCCUCGCUCGCCAGUCCUUCUCAGCCUCCGCCGCGCAAGCGUAAGACGGCGGUCGACAUCUUCAUGAGACCCAAGAAGAGAAUGCACUAG